AUUUACCAAACAUAUUAUUUUUCAUUUACUACUUAAAUAGAAUAAUGUAAAUUAAUUUUGUCUUUUAAAAAUUUAUGCUAUCAAGAUUAUUCUUCUACUAGUUCAUAAGAUAUAUUACAAACAGGAGUUAACAAAUACCAGUCAAGAUGACGGAAGAUAUUCGUGACAUUUUGGACAUUGAUAGAGGAUCUGGUCCUCAAGUCUCUAAAGAAGAUAUACUUGGUACAAACAAGAAAAAAGUUUCACUACCAUCUGGUAAUCGUCAAAACCGUAGACCUGAAGGAAUGGCUCGUGAAGUAUAUGCCUUGUUGUACAAUGAUAAAAAAGAUGUCCCCCCUGUUAUUGAAACCGAGACUGGUCCUACUUAUAAGCUCCAAAAGGCUAGAUUGGGUAUGCGACGUGUUCGUCCUUGGAUUUGGGCUCCAUUUAUAAAUCCAGCUCGAGAAGAUGGUGUUGCUUUCUUCCAUUGGCGAAGAGUUGCUGAUGAGGGUAAAGAAUAUCCAUUUGCUAAAUUUAACAAGAAAAUUGAAAUACCGAGUUAUACAGAUAUUGAAUACAAAGAACAUUUAGAAUCAGAAACAUGGAGUCGAGAGGAGACUGAUCGUCUUUUUGAUAUGUGCCAGCGUUUUGAUUUACGUUUUAUAGUCAUUCAAGGCAGAUGGAACUUAGAAGAAUAUGAGAAUGCUGUUAAACGAUCUACCGAAGAUCUAAAGGAUAGAUAUUAUUCAGUGUGUAAUACAUUGACAAAGGUUAUUAGAGGUGGCAAUAUCAAUGAAGCAAAAAUGUUUGACGCAGAACAUGAAACUCGUAGAAAACAACAAUUGGAAAGACUGUUCAGUAGAACUCCUAAACAAAUUGAGGAAGAACAAAUGUUACUACAAGAAUUACGUAAAAUUGAGGCCCGAAAACGUGAUAGAGACCGUAAAACUCAGGAUUUACAAAAAUUAAUAAGUGCAGUUGAUAAACAAAAUGAUAGUAGGAAAAGUUUAAAAAUUGAUAAAAAGACACCUCAUCACCGUAAACGCAUUGCUGUUCCAGUUCGACCAACUAGAGUUGAUCCAAAUAAUUUUGAAGCCACUACUAUUAAAUUUCCUGAUAUAAAAAAUAGUGGUGUGUCUACUCGUUCUCAAAGAAUGAAAAUACCAGCAAAUGUUAGCCAAAAAAAAGUAAAAAAUGUUGAACAAGCCCUACAAUCUUUGAAAAUUAAAUUAAAUCCUAUUCCGACUGAAGAAGUUUGCCAAAAUUAUAAUGAUUUACGUAAUGAAAUAGUUUUAUUAAAUGAAUUAAAAGCAGCAUGUAGUUCAAGUGAUUUUGAACUGCAAACAUUAAAACACCAAUAUGAAACAUUAAAUCCUGAUGGGGCUUUAAAAAUUGAACCAGUACUUAUGGAAGAAAUAGCUAGUUUAAGCGUGAAUGAAGACGAAAAUGAUGAAGAAACAGUCAUAAAAAUAAAACAAGAAAAUAAAGAACAAUUGGAAACAAGAGAUGUUACUUCUACUCCUAGAUCUGUUUCAAAAUCAGUUUUGGACAUGAUAUAAAUGUAUUUAAAGAAUAUUUCUUUUUUACACAUUUUAUGAUGAAAAAUAUCUGCUAUUGCAG